GCUGUGUCCAACACUCGUGUGUGACAUCUAUUCCGUCCAUCAUAUGAAAUCCCAUGUGUUCACCGUAAUGCUAAGAAACGGUCCCGAUCCAUUACUCAGGUGGGCCACACCAAAAUCUCAGGUGUGAAUUGUUCAUUUUCCCCCUCCUGUAGCUGGCCGAACUUUUGGGUUCUGCUCAUGUGUGGAGUGUCCCUUUAUCUCGGUUAGUCCCACCUGGUGAACGGGUUGGAUCGAAUAGAAAAAAAAGAAAAAAAAGAAAAAGAAACCUAUUGUUAGCAUCCACUCUCCAUUGAUCCCUAUGGUGUGGCCCACCUGCGGGCUAAUUUCUGUUUAGUAGGGCUAACGUCGAGAGGCUAACUUGAUGGACAGGUUAGAUGUAACACAAGCAACAUAAUGGGCCCCACAGACGUCGGGUAUUGUAUCUGUUUCUUACACCAGGUAUUACAGAGGAUACCGGAUAAUCCUAGAAAUUAUCGCUAAGAACGAAAUCAGCACGAAAUCACAUCUCUCUCGGCCGGCAGCCACAGGCUUCAAUGACCAGAACAUCUCUCUCUCCUUCUCCCAGCCCGCAGCCACAGAUGUCCGACGCUGUACAGAUCCUAUAUGUAACCUUAACGUUCAUCGCAAUUGUGAUCGUCGUCGGCUGGAUAUUAUAUCUCUGCAUCCGAGAAAAUGAAGACAUCAAACGCAACUCGUCGGCUCCUCCAGACGAUGCCACGACCAUCGACAUCAUCAAAAAGAAGCUGGUCAUGUACUCGUCACGCCAGCUCAAUAUCAUCACCAACAAUUUCAAGAACAAGCUGGGCCAAGGCGGAUUCGGGGUAGUGUACAAAGGAACACUGGAUGAUGGCGUGUCAGUCGCUGUUAAGGUCCUUCAUGGCGAUUGGUCAAAUAAGCUAAUCAGAUGCCAGUUUGAGGCGGAAGUGCGCUUGAUCAGAAGAACAGACCAUCCCAAUCUAGUAAAGCUUUAUGGGUUUUGCUUCGACAAGCGAUUGAAAGCGCUGGUCUACGAGUUCAUGGAGAAUGGCUCGCUUGACGGCUUCUUAUUCAACAAAGAGAAGAAUAAGAUUGAAUGGGAGAAGCUCUAUAGCAUUGCGAUUGGAACUGCCAAGGGCAUUGCCUACUUGCAUGAGGAUUGCCCAGAUAAAAUAAUUCACUAUGAUGUGAAGCCCGCGAAUAUAUUGCUUGAUGUGGAGUUGAAACCCAAGGUGUCCGAUUUUGGGCUGGCCAAGCUUUAUAGCCGGGACGCGACGCAUGUUCCCAUUUCAGGGUUCAAGGGAACCUUUGGUUACGCCGCCCCGGAAAUGUGGUCAGAGUUUCUGGUCACUUCAAAAUGCGAUGUUUAUAGUUUUGGGAAAUUGUUGUUUGAGAUUCUUGGGAGGCGGCGGAAUUUGGAUUCUAAAAACUCUGGGAGCUUGCACUGGCUGCCGAUGUAUGUCUGGAAUAAGUUCGAUGAAGGAACAAUGGAAGAGAUGGUGAGCUGUUUGGGGAUCAAUGAGAAAGACAAAGAGAUGGCAAAGAGAAUGGCCAUAGUAGCAUUAUGGUGUGUCCAACAUCAACCAGAGCUCCGGCCUUCGAUGAGUACUGUUGUGAAGAUAAUGGAAGGGGAAAUGACAUUGCAUGGACCGCCGAAUCCUUUCCCUCAAAUGUCAUCUCAUGUUUGUCGAAAUGCUAGGAUCUCAACCUCAUCAGUUAGUUCGAACACUACUAUUUGGUUAUCUGCUAUCUCAACUUGGUUCUCUCCGACCUCAACCGACGAAUAUCUGAUUCCCGGAUGAUUACCACGGAAAACACACAAGGGGUCGUUUGGAUGCGAGAAAUUUAGAAGGGUCUGAAGAUAUUUCCCUUUCUUUCUGUCUUUCUUUCUUUUCUGCUUAGUAGUAAAAUCCAUAAGAAAGAAAUUCUGUAUCUCAUGUUUGGGUAGUGGGGAAAUUCCGUGGAAUCCAAAAGCUGUAUUUGGGUUUUGCCGAGGAUCGCCAGCAAUUAUAUCAUACAUAUUCAAAAGAGAGGGAAUUCAAAAAUAUGAACGUUGGUGGUGUUGGAGGAGGAGACGAAGAAGAGAUUUUCUUAGACUCGGAGUAUUGCAAGUAUAAUGCUUUUGUAUAUUUUGUAUUAUAAAAGCGGAUAUUACAAUGCUUUGAAUUGUUGG